GUAGAAGAAAAUGACGUUCUGACGUCGUACGUGUAAUGUUGACAGUUGUUUGAUAACAUGUUCUUGAUAUAUUUUUAUCAAAUUUUAUUACAAAAUUAUUAAUAACUAUUAGUUUAAAUAGGCACUAAAUAAAAUUAGUCAAAUACGAACAAAAAUAAAGUUAUUUGAAUUAUGGCUGAGCAAACGGAAGACUUCAAUGAUGGAGAAGAAUCAAGAGAUCAUGAAGAAAUUGACUAUGUUAGUCCAGAGAUAAUAUAUCUGGAAGAUAAUGGCGAUAAUACAGAACUAAAGGGUUUCACUCAUCUAGGCCCUCUUGUAGAAUACAUCUAUGAUGAAACUGCGAUAGUAGAAUAUAAUGACCAUCAGUACACUGAGCUUGACUACGCUACCCAAGACAAUUCUGAACAUAUUAUACAAGAUGUAUGUUCAACAGAAAUCAAUGAUGAUAGCAGUGAUUUAAUUCAACCAAUGAUGCCAUUUUUUUUAUCUUCUCAAGUUUUUGCUACUGGCGAGGAGCAAGAUCCAAACGAUGGGGAAACGAUCAUUCUUCAAGUGGAAAAUGAAGAAGAAGAAGUAGUAGAGCAAAGGAAACCUAUCCCUGAUGAAGUUAAAUCUUCUACUUUACAAUUACUUCUGUGUUCAAGCAAAACCAACUCUGUCUUAGAUACAUACAUAUGCGAGGUGUGUUCAAUUUGCUACGGUUGCUUAAACUGUUUGAAAUCCCACUAUGAAACCAUGCACUUGGGAAACACUUUCAUAGCACAUUACAAAUGUAAAUAUUCCACCCAUAUUAGCAAAGGCCUAUGCUGUCCAGUUUGCGAGCUGACUUUUAAUACGAAGAGUGAAACUAUGGAUCACUAUAUAACCCACGCAGUGGCUUGUGAUAUAUGCGGCUCCGGUUUCGAUAGACAGCAAUAUUUAUCAGAACAUCGUAGAAAAGUACACAAUAAGGGCGAUUUUGAUGUAAUAUAUGAUUGUGAAAUUUGUAGGGGCAAUUUUCAGUAUCCAAGUGGAUUGAGUAAGCAUUACCAGGAAGUAAAUGAUCUUCUAUUAAGACUAAACAAUACCAGAGAAUUUACUCCCCCCUUGGAGAAUACUCAAACGCAGUAUGGCAUGAACGGGAAAGUUAUCCAUUCUUUACUUAACUUUAUAAAGAAUGAAUAUAAUUUCACUGAACGACAAAACUAUCUUAAUAGUGUGCCACAGUUUAUAACCAAUAUACAAGGUAUCAACGUUCAUUUCAUUCACGUUAAAUCUAAAAGACCAGCAAAUGUUCCAGUUGUUCCAAUAUUAAUGUUGCACGGAUGGCCAAGUUCUGUUAACGAAUUUUAUAAAUCCAUACCCAAAUUGACUUCAAAAGAAUAUCAAGAUAAAUUCGCAAUUGAGUUAGUUAUACCUUCUCUUAUAGGAUUUGGAUAUUCUGAUGGUGCGUCCAAACCAGGCUUUAGUUUUGUUCACAGCGCAAACAUAAUGCGCCUACUUAUGAACCGUUUAGGCUAUAAGAAGUUUUUAGUACACGGGAGCGAUUGGGGUGCAUUCACAGUUACAGCUUUAGCUACACUUUAUCCCGAUUCAGUAAUCGCUUUGCAUUCAAACUUUUGUUCCUCUUUGAGAACUGUUACUCUUUUUAAAACAUUACUGGGAAGUAUAUGGCCACGAGGUUUUGUGGACGACAAAUAUGAAGAGAAUAUAUACCCUUUUUUGAAUCAGUUACGUUUCAUUUUUUACGAAUCAGCGUAUUUCCAUCUAUUUGGAACAAAGCCAGACACAAUUGGUCACAUUCUCGACAGCAGUCCAUUAGCCUUAAUCACCUACAGUUUUGAGAAGCUAUCAGUUGGAACAAAUAGAACUAAUGUGUUUUCGUCAACAGCUGGAUUAGAACAGUUAGAUUUAACCACUUUUAUUGACUCCAUUCUGUUUUACUAUUGGUUUCCACAGAAAUCGACAACAGCUGCCAGAUAUUAUUGUGAGAAUAUUACAUUGAAGGGAUUCAAAUUUGGUUUACACAAUAUUCCAAUCGAUAAGAAGAUACCAUGUGCAUGUGCCUAUUUCGAAAACGAAUUUAUAUAUCAACCAGAAGGGUUCCUGCGAGAUAAAUACCCAAAUAUAAUCCAGUACAAUACUUACCCAUCAAUAGGACAUUUUGCAGCAAUACAAAAUAAUAAAAUUUUAACUGAAGAUAUUAUGUCGUUUGUAAUCAAAUUGUAUGAUUCAAAAUUGUUUUGAUAAAAUUUUUUGUAAAUUAUGAGAAAAAAUCUGUGCAAAAAUAUACCAUUCUACAUACAACAUA